AUGAUAAAUUUAAAAAAAAAUUCUGAUUCGGAUAUCGAAUCCCUCAUUGAAUCUAUGUUGAGAUUAAUGGAAUAUAUGAAUUAAAAUCCAAGUUUUAAAAGAAAAAUGUUUGAAUCCUUUAAUCACGAAGAUUUAAAUAAAAUUUAGAAAAAUUUGAACGAUAAAAAGAAUAUCACUCUCAGAAAGAUUUCAUGUUUAUUUUUAUGUUGCAUUUUAUAAAAUGAAGAAAAUUGUGAAAGCUUUUUGAAAUUAUCUGACCUAAUACCAAUCAAUUCAAAAAUUACCUUGAAUGGUAUUCCCGAAAAGAUUUCAAAAUACGUUUCAAAUGAUACGAUAUUCAAAUUACAAAAUGCAUAAUUUUCAGAAAAUUCAUUAUGUUGGUACUAUACAUAUCAAAUGGCUAAGGAACAGUUACCAUAUUUAUAAUUCUUUUCGUUGAAUUAUUUGGAUAUUAGAAAAUCGAUUAAUGAUUUUGUUGAUCCUCUAGACUCAAUAAUUGGAAUUGUUUAUGAAAAAUAUAAGAUAACUAAACCUAUAAUUACAAGUAGCGAAAAUUCUAAAAGAGAUAAAAGAAGUCAAAUGUAAAAACUAAGUAUAUCACCUGUGCCAAAUAAAUAGUAAAUUGGAUGCACAAACAGCAAUGUUUCUUAGGAGAAGUAUUAAAAAAGUUAUGUGAUUUCAAAAGUUUAGCAAUUGAAUUAAUCAUAUAAGUAGUAAGAUAAUUUAACUGAAAGAAAGAGUGUAAAUUAUGAUGUUUUGAGGAAUAAAAUACUAGAAUAAUAAAAUACAAGAAACGCAAUUGUUAAUUAAAAACCUUAUAAGGAAAUAUAAUCUACAAGUAUGGAGAUGAAAUUAAGAUUACUUAAAAAUUAAUGA